UAUCCGCCAUCGCUGUUCUUCCCGCAUGGAUGCCCCGUCUGCGAAUGCACGUCGUUGCGUUGGGCUGUUCAGGUGGAGGUGACGGCGGAGACGGGGGCGGAGGCGGAGGCGAAGGUGGAGGUGGAGGUGCAGGCGGAGGCGGAGGCGGAGGCUGAGGCGGAGGCGGAGGAGGAAGGGCCGUCCCUGCGCGAGUACCUGCUGUCCAUCGUGUUCAUGCCGGCCGCCCUGCGCGUGCUGUGCAUCACCAACCUCUUCUCCUGGAUGGCGCACGUCUGCUACUCGCUCUACUUCACCGACUACGUGGGCGAGGCGGUCUUCGAGGGGGACCCCAAGGCCGAGGAGGGGACGGCGGCGCGGGACAAGUUCGACGCCGGGGUGCGAUUCGGCUGCUGGGGCAUGUCCCUGUACUCCCUCUCCUGCGCCUGCUACUCGCUCGUCAUCGAAAGACUCAUCCAGCGCUUCAGGGCGCGGCGCGUGUACGUGGGGGGGCUGCUGGUGUUCGCCACGGGGAUGCUGCUGAUGGCCGCGUGCAGACACCGCGUGGCCGUCAUCCUCUUCUCGUGCACCGCCGGCGUCAUGUACUCCACCCUCUUCACGAUGCCCUACCUGCUGGUGGCGCACUACCACUCGGAGCACACGCUGGAGGGCCCGGGCGCGGGGCCGCGGGGGCUGGGCACGGACGUGGCCGCCGUGGGGUCGAUGGUGUUCGUGGCGCAGCUUCUGCUGUCGUGCGCGCUGGGCAGCGUGGUGGCGGCGGCCGGGAGCACGACGGCGGUGGUGGCGGCGGCGGCGGUGCUGGCGCUGUGCGGGGCGAUCGCCGCCUCGCGGGUGCUCUACCUCGACCUCUGACCUCUCAGCACAACUGCCCUCCUCCAGAUACUGUGCUUCACUGCACGGUGUCCUUUCACUUAAUUGUCGUGGACUUAUGUAAAAAAUCUCAGAGUAAAAAGGAAUAUCUUUAAUGUUUUUAUUUUUCGUAAAAUGUGUGUUUUUUUCUUCUCUUAAUGAAAUACAUUUUUCCCCAUAGGAAUAUGAAAACAAAAAAGAAUAAAGAAAUAUCAAUUCAUGUUGGAAA